CGGGCAUAGGAGGCGGAGGAGCACAUUAGGUGCGACGAUUGAGUGAGCUUAGCGACUGAUAUCGACCGAUAGUGGAGAGCGAUUCGAUGGUAGAGCAGGUCAGUGGAGUGGAGCUUCAGAUCGACGACGCCAGAUGGCCUAGACCUCCAGAUACAGUAGCGCCAGGCAGGGUGGUGUUAGAUCUGCCGGCCAGAGGGGUUUUCGCGGAUGCGAUAGUGAGCCGAUGGUCCUCGACGGUGUUAGCCCUAGACGUACACUUGUGGACGUACGUCAUCGAGACAUUCGAGCUGGACAGUCAGAGGUGGCGACGACCUGGCACGACUAGUAUAGAGGUAGUGGGGCACAUCUACUACUCGCCGGAGGUGCUAGCAACGGUCUAUUUUCACGGCCUCGUGCACGAUCAUUGGCGAGAGGAGCAGACCGUGAGGAGGAUUUUACUGGCUCGAGCGGACUCCGCGCGCGGCGAGGUAGAGCGGUUGCACGGGGAAGUUCGGAGAGUGACGACGACCUUCAGGAUUGGAGGACACUUCCCAUAUCCUAGCAUUCGACUGCGUGUCACACUUCCAUGCUUCGUGGCGGGGGAGCUUUGGGGACUGAGGCGUCUGGGUGAGAUCUACUUUGCGGCUCUUGACUUGGACGGCCUCUGCCGAGGAUACGAUGAUAGGGACUGGGUGCUGUAUGCGCAGUUUGUAGCGGGGCCGUUUGUAGGCGAGCGAGGGCUCCAGUUGAUCGAGUUCCUGCGGGACAUUGUACCUACCGGGAGCCCUGACCUAUACUCUCUGUACCAGCCCCUAGCUUUCUGGACGGCACUAGAAAGAGAGGCUCAGAGGCCUACAAAUCAAUUAGUUGGAGUCGGACAGCUGUUAGCCGAGACUCGUGAGGAGAGGCCGGGCCAUCUCAUCUCGACCGGGGAGGUUGAGGAGUAUUACCGGCAAGUAUAUCUAGAGGCUGACGAUCUUGCAUGGUACGCUGAGGAUCGGGAUUGGGAGGACUUCGAUGACGUAGACCCCCAGGACGACGAGGACGAGGGCUGGGGACAUCUCCUUCAGGCCGAGGGACAGGAGGAUAUCCCAUGGGGCCAGAGGGUAGAUGAAGACGGAGACGAGGAUAUGUCAGAUGCUCGAGACGACUAGAGGCAGGGCAUAUCCGGGUGUGGCUUAGAAAAGGGAGUAGUAGAGAGACGGUAAGUAGAUAUCUUUAGGCGA